UGAGUCCAAUUCAAGUAAGUUAAAAAUGUCUUUUUUUCUUCUUCCUACAUUUUUUUUUCAAGAUUUUUGGUAAAAGGGGUUUUCAAGAUUUUAUUUUUUAUUGAUGUUUUUGUGGUUUUUGGAAAUUUUAGUCAUUUGGGUGUGGCUUAUUUUGCAUUAAAGAUUCAAUUUUUAUUCUGUUUGUUGUUUUAAGUGUUAGUGAAUUUCUGUUUGUUUAGCUGAAUUGUGAGGUAUUAUGUACUAUGUUGUAGCUGUUUUGAGUUUUAGCAAGAAGUGGUGUUUGCUUCAUUUCUUUUCCUGUUUUCGAAGUUUGUGACAUUGCUGUCGUGGAUUAUGGAAGACAAAAUAGGACAGAUAAAAGUGACUGUUGUAAAAGGAAGAGGUUUGGUGAUUCGGGACUUCAAGACAAGUGAUCCUUAUGUCAUUCUCAAGCUGGGUAAUCAGACUGCCAAAACCAAAGUCAUAAAUAGCUGCCUUAAUCCUGUUUGGAAUGAAGAAUUCUGCUUCUCUAUCUCCGAGCCGACUGAGGUUCUCGAAUUGGAAGUGUUUGAUAAAGACCGUUUCAAAGCAGACGACAAGAUGGGAAAUGCUCGUCUCAGUCUUCAGCCUUUGGUGGCAGCUGCUAGAUUGAGAAAAAUCCUCGGAGUUGCUUCCGAGGGGACAACAUUAAGGAAGGUUAUCCCGGAUAAAGACAAUUGUCUCUCUGUUGCUAGCAGCAUUAGUUGGGUGAAGGGUGAAGUUGAGCAAGAUGUUUGGUUAAGGCUUUGUGAUGUGGAAUCUGGGGAUAUAGAGCUGAAGAUCAAACUGACCGAUCUUUCCUGCGCUUCUCCCUCCAAGUAGAAUGGUUCUCAUUGACAUCGAUGUGUGUCUCGUUUGAUGUGUAUAUUUCUUGUAGGCGGAAAAAACGCGUAAUGUGACAUGUCUAGUAGAAGAAGAACCUAUGUUUGACUUCUCUAUGUGAUAUAUGUAGAUCUUGAUCAAGUAUGUGCAUAAUCUAAUUCUUGUGGUAUCUAUUCUUAUCGAAA